AUGGAUGCAGCUUCACCUACCACUACCGCUUCUACCGUUAAAGGUGGUCGCCCUAAAGACUGGACAGAAACUCGAAAACGGAAACUAGCGCGACUAUACCUUUACACAAAGCUACCAUUGGAUACUAUACUCAAGCUUUUGGGUGAUGGUGUCUGGAAGCCUGGGUUUGAUGCUGCCAACAAAGUCAAGAACGCCCUUCUUGGCAACGAUGCUCGAUGGCUUAGACCGAAAGACGAAGAUGACGAGAAACGUCGCAUCAAGGCUCUCGAGAAGAGUUGGCGAAGGGGACAUAGAACGUCUGCUUCCACCCAUCCAAGGAGUCUCGGUGGUAGACUAUCUCGCUUUGAUACCGGCUUUACUCACUCCACCGAAACUAGUAUGACUAGUAGCUUUCGAAAUAAAUUCAUAAAUGCCGUCUCUAAUGACCAAGCCAAGGGAGUCUGGCAGCUUUUGAAGCAAUAUACUUUUCCAAAUGAUCCCGAUACCCAACAAGGAACUUCCUCUUCUCCUCUGCUUGCUCCUGAAUCACAGUCCAAUCCUACUCACACAGGCUUUUCCGACCCUGGUGGACCAGCUACCAAACCUCCAUUCGAUGCGCAAUACAUUGUUCCUGGUGACUUUUUGAAAGCAGACUUUACUGCUCAGCAGAGAAAUUGUGAUGUUAAAUCCGAAUCGCACGAGAUGAGGACUUGUUGGUGCCGCAUCGUCAGUGAUCCAACUUUAGCUGAGAGCCCAUGGUCAUUUGAUGGUUCUCAAUAUACGACGGACCACAUCUCUUCUAAUGAUGUAUACAAACGAAUAGAUGCCUUCGGCAACACGGCGUUCCAUCACCUUGCUACUAACUUGGUAGCCACAAUCGACAAUCGAGUUUUCUUCAUCAACCUCAUUUCCCUGGCACUCAUGAAUCCAACUAUACCGACACGCAACCGGAACACCGCUGGGCAGACAUUUCUUCACGUCCUCCACGACUCCUGGUUUGACGAGGACUCAGCACUUUCCCUAGACGAACUUGUCAACAAACUCAAAGACGCCAACUUCGACUACCUAGCCACGGACGUAUACGGGCGCAGCUUCUUCCACCUGCUGCAGAACAAGAGAAACCCCCGAGGCUGUAUCCCGGCGUCUCUGUUCAACUGGGCCUUGCUUAGGCGGCGGGACGCCUUUGGUGUCAAUCCCCUAGAGUCCCGAAUGCGGCAAGCGACACGUCGGUCCAGUCCCCUGAACGCAGCGACGGGUUCCAUCAAUGCAGAACCUCCUUCGCUCACCAUGCUCGACAUAACCCACGGCAGCGGCAGCGGCAGCGGCGAGGAGGCGCGCAUCGCAACGCAGACCAUGAUGCUGCGGCUCGUCGUCGACGCCGUGAAAGUCGAGGGCGUGAACUCAACGCUUCCCAACCCGCGUGUCGAAGACGUCCACGGCCGCAACGCGCUACAUUGUCUCGCGGAGGUAAAGCUCGAUGCCGCCGCCGUGCGCGAGGGACGAAACGGUCAAGAUACCGGCCGCCCCAGCAACCAACGACGGAAGAAGCGGAAGCUGGAAGGGCACGACCGGUAUGAAUUCAGCGAUAACGACGAGAGUAAUACUACUAUUAAUAAUACUACCAACUGCAACGACCGGCGCAUAGACUACCUCCGGGGCAUUCUCCUCGCCCGCGUCGACGUGAACCACUACGACCUGUCGGGGCAGACCCCCUUAAUGGCGUUCAUCCGCCACCGGCCGGAGGACUCGCGGGCCGACCGGCAGGACAUGGAGGACGCCAUCCAGAUGCUGUAUAAGCACGGCGCGCAGCUCGAGCUGCGCAACCGCGCUGGGGAGACGGCUCUGCACGUCGCCGCGCGCGAGGGCAAGGUGGUGGCGCUGAAGAUGCUCCUGAGCCUGGGCGCGAACCCCUAUGUGCGCGACGCGGCCGGGCUGAGUGUCUUGAGCGUCAUCGAUGAGAUGUUUGUCAACUCGGACCCCGAAGAUGGAGGGGUGUUCAUGGCGAGGCUGGAGGCGUGCAGGGCCAUCUUUACGGGGGCCGUGGUGGAAGGGGAUCCGCAGGACCCGAGCUUGUUGGAGGAGUGGGGAGUUAGGAGGCAGGAUCCGAUGGAGUUGUAA